AUGUUCAAGAAAUUCGACGAGAAAGAAAACGUGUCCAACUGCAUCCAGCUGAAGACCUCCGUUAUUAAGGGCAUUAAGAACCAGCUGAUAGAGCAAUUUGCAGGUAUUGAACCGUGGCUUAAUCAAAUCAUGCCCAAGAAAGACCCCGUCAAAAUAGUUCGAUGCCAUGAACAUAUAGAAAUCCUUACAGUAAAUGGGGAGUUACUGUUUUUCAGGCAAAGGGAAGGGCCUUUCUAUCCAACGCUAAGAUUGCUUCACAAAUACCCUUUUAUCCUGCCCCACCAGCAGGUUGAUAAAGGAGCCAUCAAGUUUGUUCUGAGUGGAGCAAAUAUCAUGUGUCCAGGCCUUACGUCUCGGGGAGCUAAGCUUUACCCUGCUGCCGUGGACACGGUCGUCGCCAUCAUGGCGGAAGGGAAGCAGCAUGCCCUGUGUGUGGGCGUCAUGAAGAUGUCUGCAGAAGACAUCGAGCAGGUCAACAAAGGCAUUGGCAUCGAGAAUAUCCACUACUUAAACGACGGGCUGUGGCAUAUGAAGAUGUAUAAAUGA